GUAAACUCGCAGAUCCUGUUUUACUUGUAUUUCGAGACAAUAAGACUUUGCAAAUUAAGCGUUUUAGCGAUAUAAGUAUGUAAAAUAUCUAUUUAAGUACAAUAAUGACUUUAUUAUAAAAUACAAAACCAUAAAACGUGUAUAUAAAAAAACAAAACAAAUCGUAGCCAAGAAAGACAAAUCCUCGUCAGCUGGCCCGAGGUCGUCUCCAUGGGAACCAUUUUGAAAAACACUAACUCAGAAAGGACAGAAAGGAAGAAUUAUUGCGUGAGGUGGAAAAACUGUUGAAGCUUGUGGCCAGAAAGGAAAAUAAACGUUUUUGUAUUAAUUUAAUCACAUUUUGGAGGCUGAAACAGCUGCGAGUGCAUUUAUUUAGGAUGUCGGCCGCUAUUAACCCGUUAGCAAAUCCUAAAGGAGUGAAGAAGCUGUGCGAACUUUGCCAGAGGCCUGCAAAACUUCAGUGCACAAAAUGCCUGGUCACAUUUUACUGUAAUUCUGACCACCAGCAGGCUGACUGGACCAGUAUUCAUGAAAAAGUCUGUCCGUUGCUGGUAUCUAUCCACACACCUGCACUAUUCGGCACGCUGCAGUCUGACCGAGACCGCCACCACAAAGAAACACUGAAGAAACAGAAACAUCUAGUAGAGAUUGCUCAUUUAGAGGCACAAAGGUGGGUGUCCAAGAAAAGGUUCCAGGAUGUUUUACCAGCCGCUCUCCUAUUCCUACGCUGGGCCAUGCGGGUGUACGGAUCCUGUGCUGUCGAACUGGUACCAGCUUAUCUACUGCUUGCACAGGCUAAUAUAGGUUUAGGUUCUCUCUCCCAGGCACAUGAGUAUCUGUCUAAGGCCGAGUGGACAGUAAUGAAAACACCAGGCUGCAGUAACACUGUCCUUCAUCAGCUACACAGAACCCUGGGCCGUCUGCACACUGCCAUGGGAAAAUACGCAUCUGCUCUUACUCACUUUGCCAAUGACGUGUACUAUGCCAGUGAGAUGUUUGGUUUGGCUAGUACUGUGACGUCUGGAGGAUAUUUCCUAAUGGCUGAUGUGUUUCUGAAGCAAAACAAGCCUGACGUUGCCCUUUCACUCUACACAGAGGUGGCGAAUUCAUGGCACGCUUACUUGUGUAAGCUGAUGGAUGGUAUCAGUCAGAGCGGCACUCAACCAAAGGAGUGUUUUGAUGAGGCCCAGUGUAUGGAGGCUGAUCAGAUGUUGAGAUGUAUCUUAGAGUUUGAGGAACAGUGUGUGAAGCCUCGCCCUGACCAGUCAGCCAUGUUGGCUCAUUCUCUGGCUAUGCUGUGGCUGCUAUGCAACAACUACACCAAGGCAUUGGAGUAUGGGAAGAAGGCUGAGAUGUUGAUCCAGGGGUUAAGUGAACAAAACAGACUGAGAGAGUCAAUCCAUAAUCUACUACAACAUGCUGAAAAACACUUGGAAUGAGACCCGGCCACUAACCUACACACCACAAACCUCCAAAAAACAUAGAAUCAAAAUGCAUAACAAAAAACACAACACAACAACAUUCAAACAGUGCCUUUACACUGUACAGUGCUCAUAUUCAUUCAUUUGUGCAAUCAAUGGGGACAUUGGAUGCUUACUUUCCACAAGUUGGUAUGAUUCUUUAGGGUCUUUUUGAAAUGUCUGCAACAUACUUGGGGUAAAAUUUCUCAGUAGUUGUAAAAAAGGCAGUGA